CCAGCAGGACCUCUCGUAAGCUGCAGACAGAUGGAUCGUGUGAUUGUUCUGGUGGAUAUGGACUGUUUCUAUGUACAAGUAGAGCAGAGACUGAACCCCGCUCUGAAGAACAAGCCGUGUGCCGUGGUACAAUACAAGACAUGGAAGGGAGGAGGGAUCAUUGCCGUGGGAUACGAGGCUCGUGCAUUUGGUGUGAAGCGGAACAUGAUGGGUGAUGAUGCGAAGAAGCUGUGUCCAGAUAUCCUGUUUGCUCGUGUGCCAGAGUUGCGGGGAAAAGCUGACCUCUCGAAGUAUCGGGAGGCAGGAGCUGAGGUCAUCCAGGUGUUCAGUCAGUUCAGUCAGUGUGUGGAGAGAGCCAGUAUAGACGAAGCCUAUGUUGACCUCACACAGGAAGUAGAUGUCAGAAUGAGGCUGAUGGAAGGUUCCAAGGUGGUUGAGAGCCAGUUGGAGCAUACUGUCAUCACUGGAUGGGAGAAACCUAAAUCCCAUUUGUCUGACGAGGAGCAUAACCAAGGUGAUGAUACAGGAGGGGGUACGCGAGACUGGCUGGGCAUGGUGUACGAGGGUGGGGACAUGGAGGUGUCCAACCAGAGACUGGCUGUUGGCGCUGUGAUUGUAGAGGAGAUGAGGGCUGCUGUGUACAGGGAGACUGGCUUUACAUGUUCUGCUGGCAUCGCUCAUAAUAAGAUGUUGGCCAAGCUGGCCUGUGGCUUUCACAAGCCCAACAAGCAGACAGUUCUCCCCCACAACUCCGUGGAAGGACUCUUCAGUUCUCUGCCCCUGAAGAAAGUGCGCCACCUGGGGGGGAAACUGGGAGAGUCGCUGGUGCAGCAGCUGGAUGUGGAGAACAUGGGGGACCUGUGUCGCUUCUCGGAGAGGGAGCUGCAGCACAUCGCGGGGGACAAGACAGGGGCCUGGUUGUAUGACAUGUGUCGAGGGUUGGAGUACGAGCCGGUGUCUGCCAGACAACUGGCCAAGUCCAUAGGGUGCAGUAAAACCUUCCCAGGGAAAACCUGUUUGGACACAAGAGAGAAGGUUAGCUUUUGGCUGUCGGAACUGGCAAAGGAAGUGGAGGAGAGACUGGUGAAGGACAGAGACAGUAACAAGCGUGUGGCGAAAACGUUGACUGUUACCGUGUCCUACAUCGGAAACCCCUCAUCGGUGAUGGCCACCAGGUCAUGUGGCAUCAUCAAGUAUGAAGCCAAGAAGUUCACAGACGACGCCUUCUCUCUCAUACAGAGACUGAACACAUACAAGCCACACCAGAAAGCAUGGGCACCUGCUAUUCUGAUGCUGGGCCUGUCGGCCAGCAAGUUCACGGAGAACAAGGGGAGUGGAGGCAGCAGCAUCUCAGAUCUGUUUGCUGCAGCAGCGUCACAAGCACCCAGACCGUCUCCAGUGAUGUCAGAUACCUCGGACACAGAUAAUAGUGCACUCGGUCAGCAUGGUCCGGCUGUGAGGAAACCCAAACGGGGAAGCAUUGAGACAUUCUUCCAAACUCAAACAAGGGAUGGUGCUUCGAGUAGGACGAAUAGUUCAAAUAUUGAACAUGUUCAAAGUACCUCUGAUGGUGACACUGUCACAAGUGAAGCUUAUACCAGUAUAAAACAAGCUUUUGCUUACACAGAUGUUACAGAGAAAAUAAAACCUAAGGGAUUUUUUGCUUCCAAAACUGCCGCAAGAAAAUUCAGACAUAUGAACAUGGGAAGUGUGUCUGAAACAGAAGAUGGAGAUUCCAACUUGUCUGUGCCAGAUAGGCGGGAAACGUCCAGCACGGACAUUGUAAUCUGUGCCUCAGAGGGCCGAUCUCAUAAUGAGGUUGAGAUGAGUGAAGACCACAUCCCAGUGGAGUCUCUGGAGGAGGGUUCUGGGCUGACUGGUGAAGACUCCUGUGAUGUUGAUGGUGCUGAUGAUGAUGACGAUGAUGGUGAUGAUGAUGAUGACGUUGAUGAUGGUGCUGCUGCUGCUGCUGCUGAUGAUGAUGAUGAUGACAUUGACGAUGAUGAUGCUGCUGCUGAUUUUGAUGAUGUUGAUGGUGGCAGUGAAGUGCUGACAGUUGGAAACAGCUCUGAUCAUGAUUUGACUGUGACCUCAGACUUGAUUCAUCACAGGCAAGACAAUAAUGUGAUUCAACCAUCCGAGAACUUUGGUUCCCCUGACGUGGGGACGGGUGCUGUAGCUCCCCUGGAUGACGAUGAUGUGAUGCGGUGUGAUAAAUGUGGCAGAACUCUCCCCAUCUGGGAAAUGCCAGAACACUCCGACUACCACUUUGCUCUGGAACUACAGAACUCUUCCCAGAAUGCAACAAUGGUUACGCAACCUUCCGUGUCCAAUCAAGCCAAGCGGAAGUGUUCUCCGGACAAACGUGGCAAAAAAACCAAAAAAGCAAAGGUCGAGAAAGGGGGAGGUAACAGCAUGAAUCUGUUAACUUUUUUCAGGAAACAGUGAUUCUUGUCUGUCAGACGUUACUGAAGGGGUUUUACUUUGAAUGUGACACAGUUAUACGGUGUCUCCUUGGGCGAGAAUCCAAAUAUUGUGCCACAACUUUUACAAUUUUAGUAUCUCCAUGUUAUUCUGGGGUAGCUGUAGUAUUGUGGGUUAUUGACAAACCUCGCUGAUACAAGGCUGAUGGAAGGCCAGUCAAGUAUGGUAGGGAGGUAAUGAAGCACACCCUCAGUUAUAUCAUAACAUGCUAUGUGUGAUGACAAUGCCAUAGCAAAGUUAUUACUUUUCAGAACCAAUUUUAUAAGUAGGGCUUUGUGGGAGUAUAACUUAUUAUAGAUUUGAAGGCUCACAUGAAUAUGAAGUGUAAAUUAAGAUAUUCUGGGAAGCCUUACUAAUCUUGGUAAUAUGUUCAUGAAUCAUCUUUAGGUACACAUAUACAGUCAAACACCAUUGUGUCGAAAUUAUGUUUGUCUUGAAGUGAAAGCUUGGUCCCUCCGUAUUCGUUCUUUAUUUAUCAUUUUCGGUUUAGUCGAACCUCGGAUAACUCGAAGUCCCUUCAACUUGACACAGAAGUGAUUGACUGUAUACUUUCAACUUUUCGUAAGGAUGCUGAAGUACUUUACAUUAUUACAUCUACAUGUUAUGAGUAAUGAAAUGAUA